AUGCGGAUCGCCGUUCGACACCAGCUUUCGCUACUCCUCAUCGUAUCCACCUCCAUCGGCCUGGUCACUCUUGCUGUUGCCGUAUGGAUCUCCAACCACAGCUUUGUGUUGAAGGUCGCAAGAGAUGGCCUGGAAGCGGCGGCGUCGAUCAAAGCCGUGGGGAUUGCCAUCAGCCUUGAUCUGAUGUACUCAUCAUGCCUCUAUUUAAAGACCAGUCCUCCUGUUCAGCAAGCUCUCAUGCGAUACAACAAUGGCACCGACCUCAGUCGAGACAACUGGGAUGAGGCCACAGCAGACCUGGUUGCAGCCUUGAGUAGCGUUGGGUCGUUGAAGUAUACGUUCGGAGUACAGUCUCAACUUGUCUCCCGCUGGGCUGCUGGGCCGCUGGGAUCGAGAAGCGUCCUCAACGUGACAGGCCUGCAGAACAAGGUAUCUGUACCGUCGGUUUUGUAUCCCAACUUGUCCAUCUCGAAGGGCGACGGCGAUGCAUCGUCUGCUUCAUACCUAGCAACCUACAAUGGCGUCACAUUGGACCUCGCCAGCAACCUCGUUCUCGGCCCGGUGGCUAUCAACGAAAACUUCUCACUGAUGUCGAUGACGUUACCAGUGAUUGAGAACACCUCAGAAACGAACGUACUUGGCUGGCUCACUGUUACAGGCCGCACUCUCCUAUUUGGCCCCUCAAACACCACGAAUCAUUUCUCGCCAGGCGUCGUGGGAUCUCAGCAGGGUGAAAGUACCGAUGUCCGCUAUCUUUUGCCCGUGAAGCCAAGUGGCACCCGGACACAUGCUAUCAGUACCGCUGGCGUCCCGUUCCCUGCCAAUGCCUACCCGGCCCUCGUUGCGGCCAUCGGGGAUGGCUUUCAUGGAAAGCGAGAGUUGGGCAGCAUGCUGAACACCCAUGAUGAAGACGGGAACUCUGUGGCUGUCGCUUACUCAACCCCCCCAACCGAUAUCAUGCAGUCGUCCCAUUCGGAACGCAAAAUUGGCUUUGUCCAUUUGCUGUUCCGCUGGCGUAGCGGAAGAAGCAGUCCACGCCGAGCCGAAAGUCAGCAUGGGCAUGCAAGGCGGUUUCGCAUCCCGAGCAAGGUUGACGCUCCCAAACAUUGGGUCAAAGACGACAUCUCAGAUCUGAUAGACACCUUUAACGACAUGGCUGAUGAGCUCUACACCCAACACUCGAAGCUUGAAGGCCGCGUGCAGCAGCGGACAAUCGAGCUUCAUCAAGCGAAAAAGGCCGCGGAGUCCGCUAAUGAGAGCAAGACAUUGUUUGUCGCCAACGUAAGCCAUGAACUGAAAACACCGCUGAACGGCAUCCUUGGUCUUUGUGCUACAAGCAUCGAGGAGGAUGACGUGGGAGCGAUCCAUACCACUUUUCAGAUCAUUUAUAAGAGCGGCGAUCUUCUCUUGCGCACCUUGAACGACCUUUUGACCUUCAGCACCAACCAGAUUGGCAGCCGAGAACUCACGCUCGAGGAGAAGGAGUUCAGCUUUUGCGACCUCGAGACCCAGACAUUCGCCAUCUUUGAACAGCAAGCGAAAGACAGGGGAAUAAAAUUAUAUGUGGAGUGCGAAUCAGCAGACAGCAGCGCCUUCGGUGGCACUGCAAGCCUGAGAGACAACACACUCUGGGGCGACGUCCACCGGAUACUGCAAGUCAUCAUCAACCUCAUCAGCAACAGCCUGAAAUACACACCGAAUGGUGGAUCCGUCAAGUUCAGCAUGGUUCGGUCCAAGGAAGCCGCAUCGCGCCGUCUUCUCCUGGGAGCCGACCAAACAUCGAUAGAAUCCCAGCGAAGCCGCAUCUCUGCCAUCUGGCGGUGUGAGCAGGGAGCCACCUCCAACUUCAUCAACGCUGGUGAGGUGCCGAGCUGCGCCAGAAGUCCGUGGCGCCCGCCGGCGACGACCUGUACGUCGAAUUCGUUGUGA